AUUAACCCUGAUUUCCCCCAAUGCGGAUGUAAGAAUAGAGGCACACGCCAUAGUUCUGCCGCAACUUACAAAUAUGCUUCCAAGCUAUAAAGUAAAUGGCAAAGAUCGCCAAAAAUUUGCCCACCUAAAAUUAGCGGAUCCCAACUGCCACACCCCCGCGCAAGUUGAUAUCCUAUUAGGCAGCGACCUAAUCCCCCAAAUAAUGCUAGAAGGCAUUGAGAAAAUUUCAAAUACCCAGUUAGCCCAAAAUACCAUCUUUGGAUGGAUAUUGAGCGGCCAAAUAAAAGAAAAAAUAUCGGUAUUCACAACACAAGUUGAAGAUAUUUCAAACGAACACCUCAAUUCUCAAUUAAGAAGAUUUUGGGAGUUAGAAGAACUCCCCCCCAUGCAAGUCAUUACCCCAGAAGAUAAGUAUUGUGAAGACUAUUAUAAAGCCACAACUACAAGAUCAAAAAACGGCCGCUACGUUGUACGGCUACCAUUCAAGCCACAAUUUCCCGACACACUCGCCUUAGGCCACUCUCGAACCUCAGCACUUCAGCAAUUUUUAAGUAUGGAAAAAAACCUGCUUAAAAAAGGCGAGCUAAAGACCUCGUAUGACAAUGUACUCGAGGAAUACCUCCAAUUAAAUCAUAUGGAAGUAGUCGAGUCAUAUGAAAAAAUUACAAAAGGUAAAUAUACUUCAUUUUACCUCCCACACCAUGCAGUAAUAAAGCCAGAAAAACUUACAACAAAAGUAAGAGUUGUAUUCAAUGCCUCGAAAUGCACAAGCUCAGGCAAUUCAUUAAAUGACGUAUUAUAUACGGGACCCACACUACAACCUGAUUUAAUGCUCCUAAUACUAAAUUGGCGCAUGUUUAAAUACGUUUUCAAUGGGGAUGUCGAAAAAAUGUACAGACAAAUCCUUGUGCAUAAAAACGACCAAGAUUUUCAGCGCAUUAUAUUUCGCAAUUCACCUAGUAGUCCAAUACGCGACUACAAAUUAAAAACGGUGACAUUUGGCUUCAACACUGAUGACGACACCAUCUGUGUGGAUUCCAAAGUUAAAUUUUGGCUAGAGAAAUCAAUAACAUCAAGUACAACUCCAGAUUCAUUUGGAAAAUCCGAUCAAUCUAAAAGCCUACUGACACCAGCAUCGCCUAAACCGGUUGAUGAUAGUUUAACUUUUGAAGCCGAGUUCGACGAAAUCAUUUCGGUUGCAUUGAAGGCUGAAUUAAAAAGAGACUAUUCAGAUUGGAACGCGGUUAUUGAUAAAUGGCAUAAGACUCAUAAUUUGCGUCGCAGAGACUUAAUGACUUAUGAUGCAUUUAAAAUUGAUAUCAACAUUCUCUAUCCGGGCAAGGAGCUUAUGCUUCCCAGCAAAUGGGAAGCUUUUAAAACGAAAAUUGAGGUAUACUACCGAGAAAAUCUGCACAGCAAAAAGUUAUUAGCUGAUUUGCAUCUGGCUGAAAAUUGCGACUAUAUUCUAACAACCUUAUUGCCAUUUAUUUUACCUCCUACUUCCUGGUAUAAGUCCACGUUGGAUGUGGCGAAAAAGAAAAUCACUUUAUUGGACGCACAAGAAAGUUUUGUUUUUCGUUUAUAUUCAAUUAACGAUUAUGAACAAGGUGUGAAUGCAUUCGAUAUAACAUCUUUUUUUGUCUAA